GCGUGCUCGAUACGUGCGUCGAAGAUUCAGUGUCAUACGAAACAUCAUUAAUAAAGUGUAAGUAGGCCGCCUAUAAGGUUUCGAAACGCAACCGAUAUUAAGUAAGAGGUCCGUCCGUAAAUAGAUCCGUCCGAAAUACUUUCAUCUUAGAUUCAUACAGACUGUACCUCGACAUUUUGACGCAAGCCGACAGGGAAGCGAAGUCUCGUUUUUUAAUAUAAUCUACAUUUAGACCAAACUGUCGUCGAUCUAAAGCGACCGUGCGCCGCUUGAGAGGUUGUAUUCGGGUUUGAUCGGUGCGAUGUCGGAGGUUUCAGGUACAACGAGUGAGACAAUAACGGAGACCGUUCAGACUGGCACACCGCCGCCUCCCCAGCAGGAGGGCAGAAGCCUGACCAUCAAGCUCAGGAAAAGAAAGACCGAGAAGAAAGUGGAGUGGUCCAGUGACACAGUGGACAAUGAACAUCUGGGCAGGAGGUCUUCAAAGUGUUGCUGUGUUUACGAGAAGCCUCGACAGUUUGGUGAGUCCUCCUCGGAAAGUGAAGGAGAUGACGAGGAAGGCUGUGGAAGUGCACAUUGCAUUCUUGGACAUGGAAGAGGAGGCCAUGGACAGAGAGAGAGUGGGGGGAGCACGGUGCCCCCCAGCUCUGGGGGAACUAACCCUCACUAAUCGUUUAUGAGGAUGGGAGAGUUUAUUUGGAGGGUAAUGGUCAGAGUGGGCACUACAUUCAUAAUCCUUCAUCCUCACUCACACUGAAUUACAUUACACCAUCAUUGGGUGUCAAAAGCUUUUCAAUGAAUGAAAGCUUGUAGAGAAAUGUGAUUAGUUUUCUCUGCAGUCUUUAAUAUGAUGACUAUGGGAAGAUGUUUUAUUUUAUUUUGCAAUUUGACUGCUGCAGAAGAUGUGAAUUUGUUGUACAUAGACAUUGGUUUUAUUUCUUUUUGUAAACUCAGUAUAUUUAUUUGUUUGUCUUGAACAAUCUUACCAGUUCUGUGUCCACGAACAAAGGCCUCUUUUAUGAUGCCAGAUUGAAUUCAUUAAACCUAGCAGAACGUAGAGGAAUGUUCAGGGUUCAAUACAAGUUGAGCUCAAUUGACAGCAUGUGUGGCAUAAUAUUGAUUACCACAGAAUAAAUUAGACCCUUAAACUUUGUUUAAAAAAAGAAGCAAAAAUUGUGCUUACAGUGAGGCACUUACAAUGGAAGUGAAUGGGGCCAGUCCAUAAAUAAAAAAAAUGCACAUUGUUUCAAAAGUAUAGCCACAAGACAUAAACAUAAUGCAAGGUAACAUGAUUUUAGUGUGAGAAAGUACCAGGAUCACAGGGUUUACCAAAGUUACAUCGUCAUGAAAACAAAGUUGUAAUAUGAGUUAUAACUUACACAGAAAAUGUUAGGAAGUGGUUUUAUCACACUAAAAUCAUGUUAACACACCUAUUGUUUACGUCUUUUGAAAUAAUGAGUAUUUUAAUGUUUAUGGAUUGGCCCCUUUUACUUCCAUUGUAAGUGCCUCACUGUAACCCAGAUUUGUGCUUUUAUUAAAUAAAGCGAGGAACGAUUCAAAAUGAUUAUUUUCAUGUCUUUCAACAUUAUGCCACUAAUGCUGCUGAUGGAGCUUGUAUUGAAUGCUUAUACCUUGUUAAAUCUAAACUUCAAAAUCAAAUCGCAGUUCAACAAAAUGCAGUAUAAACAGUAAUUUACCUCGCUGUCACAAUUCUAGCAACAGUAAUGCUUUAUAUCACUACAUCACUUGGGAAAAUUCAAAUGUAACUAUGUAUUGUUUGCUAUAGUGAAUACUUAAGGUGAAAAUGAAAAGAAAAUAUAUAUAUAUAUGAGUUGAGAUUACUCAGAUCCCUUUGAAUAUUUUUAUACGGCACAUUAAAUCAUCUCCAUAAGUCAUCACUAUGUUUGGAAUUCAAUACUGCACAGUAUACACUGUACUGCUAAUAGUUGUUUUUUUUUAAAUAGCAAGUGAAAAAAAAACCCACUUUAAACAAAAGUAUGCUACGCUGUUGUCCCAUGACCUCCAAUUAUCUUCUUGGACAUAAUAUUUGUAUUUUCCAUAUUUAAUUUUAUUUUGUGUAAAAAUAUCUUGACCUUUUGCCAGUCAGAGCGAUGUGGAAUACAGCGUGCUUUGUUGUAUACGGCGCGCUUUGGCGAAUGAAAACUGUGAACAGGAUAUACAGUUUGUACCUGCAGAGAUAGCAAGAGUAGUAAGUUAGCAUGCUAUUCUGCUAUGCCAGUGAGACUGACUUCCCUUAGACAAUCAGACAAAUAUCUUACAAUUAAUAAAAGACUCAGUAUGUACAUAGAAAAACAUUGAUGUUUAAAAUGUUACCAUCUGUCAGUUGUGGAGGGACACAUCUCAAGAGCACUAAAAAACAUCUGUAGUUCUAUAUUCUCCAUGUCUGAAUGUUUCAGAACACCAUCUUGAUCGAUGGAUCAGAAGUGAGCAAAAUACUACAAGUAAACAGCGAGUUGUAAUGUGUUUGAAAAAUGAAAAGAUCAAAGUCCCUAUGCAAGUAUGUCUCACGAUAGACAGGGGCAGAAAUGAAAAUAAACCACAGGUUUAAUCUUAAUGUAUAUAAAUGGUUGGAAUAGGCAUACACGUAUUUGGACACUUCAUUACAGCUGAAAAUGGGAAAGGUGCAUGCUAUCAGGAGCAUGAUAUGAUGUGAGAUUUAAAGUGUAAACGGACAAUACGUGGUGGACCGUGUUGUAUAAAGAUCACAGGAAAGUGCAUGGCCGAAUGCUAGCCAAGACCAAAAUUCUCUUAUUUCCUUUGUGGUCCCACAUAUUUAAUGUCAGUUUACAGUUCAUUCCCACAUUGAACUGUAUUUCAGCAUUCACAUCUGUUAUUAAAUGCAUCUGUAUGUACAUACAGCAAAGGUCAUAGAGCGGAUUUAACAUGAACAGAUGUUAAAUAAUAUUGUUUAUAUCUAUUAAAUGCUUCAACAAUGGCAACCUAACUUUGUGUCUGUUCUGAUUGAUUCUAAUCCUGUUUAUGUUUUAUACUAAUGUAAUGUCCAUUUAUUUAGUGAUUCUAUUUAUACAUUAUUCAGCAGCUUUGUCAUAAACAUUUAAAACCACCUAUGUGUAAUGUCAGAAGAUAAUAAAAAUAUAUUGGAUUUACGGCGUAUGUUGGAGCCG